AUGACAGGCAGGUAUGCCUUCCGCCUGCUCUUCAACGGGGCGGCCCUGGGAUCUGGCACAGCGGCUCUUGGGGAUCUGGGCCUCGCCGAUGGCAGCGUGGUGAUGCUCAUGAAGGAGCCAUCCCGAAACUACGCGCUCAUCACGGCGCCGGAGUUCCAGUUCCGAAGCGACCAGUAUCCGAAUGGCUUGACAUUCGACCGGCAGGGGAGGCUACUGGUGGCACACUACUUCGGCUUACUGCAGGUGUGGGACGCCAGCUUCACCACCAAGCUGAGUCAGGGGAGUUUGGGAGGCAGCCAGCCAAGCCAGAUCUGCAUCGCCCCAGGAGGCGAGCUCCUGGUGGCUUUUCGAAGUGGCUAUGUACAGAUGAUGGACGCCGAAGACUUGAGCCCAAAGGGACCGCAGCUUCGCCCCCGCGAAGGCCGCUUCUCCCCCUCCGGCGUGGCCGUGGUCGGAGACCGCGUGUUCGUGAGCUGUGCCCGGACUUCGAUGCUACACCAGUUUAGCUUGACGGACGGAAGCCACCUGGACCAGAGAAAAGGUGGCGCACACUGGGAGCUUAUGGCGCCGAACGGGAUGGCGGUGAUCGAGGAUCGCGUGCUGGCCAUCGCCGACCGCGGACUUCACCGCGUGCUGCUGCUGGAUACGGAGACUUUGGAGCUACGUGGGCAGGUGCCCGACGUUGAGACCUGGCGCCAGCAAGCGGGGCCGGCAGCGCUCAAGAAGCCCAACGACGUCGCCGUUGACGCUGCUGGCAACCUGCUCGUCAUGGACACUCAGAACGAGAGGGUGGCGGUGUUUCGGCAGGACGGAACACUGGUGGCCAGUGUCAUGGAGGGUUUCUUCAAGGACAAGGGCAACACCUUCAGCUACCUUGCGUGCAAUCAUGACACUGGACACAUUGCCAUCUCCAACAACGAUGAGCACCGGGUGGCGGUCCUUGCGCCGCCAUGA